GUAGCAAAGAAAGCAAAAGCUAUGGCCUUGAUUUGUCUUUUGGUCAUUUCAAUCUUAUUCUCUAUAUCUAAAACAGGUGGUGAAAUCUCAGGGCAACCAGGAGUGAACUAUGGGCAACUGGGGAACAACCUUCCAUCAGCAACAACCUCAGUGAAACUCAUCAAAUCAUUGAAAGCCAAACGCGUUAAAAUCUAUGAUGCAAACCCAGAAAUCCUCAAAGCCCUAAAAAACACGGGUCUUCAAGUUUCCAUAAUGGUCCCUAACCAGCUUGUCCUCAACGUCUCCACAAACCAAACAUUCUCAGAUCAAUGGGUUCAAUCCAACGUUGUACCCUUCUACCCUCAAACACUCAUCCGCUACCUCCUCGUUGGCAACGAACUCAUCAGCACUACAGGGAAGGAAAUAUGGCCCCACAUUGUACCCGCGAUGCACAGAAUCACACAUUCCCUCAAAACCUUCCAUUUACACAAGGUGAAAGUGGGGACUCCCUCUGCCAUGGACGUUUUGGAAUCGUCGUUUCCACCAUCAAACGGCACUUUCAGAAACGACAUUGCGUUUCAGGUUAUGAAACCCAUGUUAAAACUUUUGCACAAAACCCGCUCAUUUUUAUUCUUGGAUGUGUACCCAUAUUUCGCAUGGUCUUCGGAUCCCACCCACAUUAACCUCAGUUAUGCUCUUUUUGAUUCCAACAUCACAGUAACGGAUUCGGGUACGGGUUUGGUUUACACUAACUUGUUUGACCAAAUGGUUGAUGCCGUUUAUUUUGCAAUGAAACGACUCGGGUAUCCGGGUAUUCGGAUCUUUAUUGCUGAAACGGGUUGGCCCAAUGGAGGAGACUUGGAUCAAAUAGGAGCAAACAUUCACAACGCUGCCACGUAUAAUAGAAACUUUGUAAAAAGAGUUACAAAAAACCCGUUUACUGGGACACCGGCUCGACCCGGUUCAGUUCUUCCCUCGUUUAUUUUUUCUCUUUAUAAUGAGAAUUUGAAACCGGGUUUGGGUACGGAGCGACAUUUCGGGCUGUUGUACCCGAAUGGGUCAAGUGUUUAUGAAAUUGAUCUUUCUGGGAAGACGCCGGAGUCGGAGUUUCCGCCGUUGCCGCCGGCGGUGAAUUAUAAAGGGAAGGCGUGGUGUGUGGUGGCCGAGGGAGCGAACGUGACGGCGGUGGAGGCGGCGUUAUCGUACGCUUGCUCGCAGGGAAAUAAAACCUGUGACGCGAUCCAACCCGGUAAACCGUGUUUUGAACCGAACACAGUGGUGGGGCAUGCUAACUAUGCGUUUAGUUCUUAUUGGGCGCAAUUUAGGGCUUUGGGUGGAACUUGUUAUUUCAAUGGCCUUGCCACAGCAAUUGCAAAAGAUCCAAGUUAUGGAUCUUGUAAGUUUCCAAGUGUGACUCUUUGAAGAAAGCCCAUGCCAAUAAAAUCAGUGCAUUGAAGAGAGAUCCCAAUAACAACGUUUCCAGCUCCAUCAGGAUUCUCUUCUGUCCAAAUAUGAUAGGUCUGCCACCCAUUUAUUAUUGCAAAAUUUGACUUCUCUUCCAUUUCCAAUUCUCCAAUAAGCACAUAGUUCAAUUAAUACACUAUGAAGUGUAAAUACUCUGCUAAAUAUAACUGGGAUAAUGCCUAUUUCCAAUUCUCCAUUAUGCUUGAUCAUGUCAAUUCAAUCGAUCUUUAUUAUAAAUGGAAAAAAUAUAUAUAUGGAUAUUGGUUUGAGUU